AUGCAAUUCCCGGCUCCUCCUUUGCUUAAAACAACAAUCAUCCAAUUGAAUAGGGACAUAGACCCUGAAGACAACAAUUACGAGAUUCUCACAAAUGAAUACUCCAAUAACACCUCCACUUCAUUCUCAUCUUCGCAGUCCGCAACAUCCGUGGAGGAGCAGCCUCGCAAGAAGAGAAGACGGUCAUCCUCAUUUGUGGACGAAGAAGAGCUAACGAGGAGACGUAAUGAGACAAAACAGCUUCACUCCAUAAUUGAAAAACGCAGAAGAAUCAAGAUUAAUAGAGAGUUUGAAGCCCUCAAGUAUUUAAUUCCUGCUUGUCGAAACACCGACAACAACACUAAAAGGGGAUCUAACAAUGCCAACAACAAUGGGAGCAAGAUCGACGGUAUGUACAAGUUGACUAUUUUGAAGUCGGCAGUGGAGUACAUUUUGUACUUGCACUAUAUCAUUCAGAAACAACACAACCUUUUGAGUCAGGUUACCAACAACUACGACUAUGACGUGGCGUAUUCAACAGUGCCGCUCGAUGUCAACCAGUACAGAGACAUUGAUAAGGAGUUUGACUUUGCUGACUUGGCUAGCAAAAGUGUUGAAAUCUCCGUGAGUUCAUCCACCAAGAAGCGUUUUGAGCCUAUCAACGAAGAUGACGACACGAAUAACCUUAAUCAAGCGAGCAUUCGUCAACAAACCAGAAAAAUAGGUCCAUAUGGCCACCCGCGUGCCAAGUCUGACACUUUUGCAACGUCAGGAGUACAUGGCCAACUCCCGACCCCAGAUGUAACUCCAGACAUUGCUCCAAUUCUAUCGCUAUUGAGUAAGUACUCGGGGGAUUCGCAACAGCUGAUUUCAAAUCAACUUCAAGGUUCUCAGGCAGACUUAAAGCUGGUGAAGGGCCAAAGUCUGUCGAAUAAGCCUCAGGUCCCCGAGUUAACUACUGUUCUGGAAUUACAAUCUAAUGGAAUGUUGCAACCUACUCCAAUGCAACAUGACCUUGACUCGCUCAAUAAGGCGUUCCUGUUUGACCAUUCCAUGCAUAAGUCUGGGUCCAUAUCGUCGUCUACCUCCCCAUUCACCAUUCCUAUCAAGUCUCAAGUCAAAAGGGCCCAGUUUUACCUUCCAGAUCCUGCUCUUUCGGCCAAUAGUUCCAACGACAGCUCUGCAGCCGAUCUGCCUGUGGCUCGACCAUCUUCACUCCCCAAGAAGAUGUAUUUCAAGUCAAGAAUCCCUACUUCCAACAUGAUUGCAAGUGUGGGUUGUGUAGACAACGAAGGAGAGAUAGAAGGCGAGCUUACCGAGGGAGAACGUCUCGAAGAUGCUUCAAAGACAUUGCUUACACUCCGCAAGCCAAGUAUAGAAAAGCUUCUUAACUGA